ACACAUUACGUCUACUAUCUGGUGAUCCAAAUCUAAUAAAUAUAUAUAACUAAGAAAGAGAAAAUGGCAUCGCAACAGCAGAGGUCGGAGCUGGACGCUAAGGCUAAGCAGGGUGAGACUGUGGUUCCUGGUGGAACUGGCGGCAAAAGCCUUGAUGCUCAAGAACGCCUAGCCGAAGGUCGGAGCAAAGGCGGGCAGACAAGGAAAGAGCAACUGGGGCAUGAAGGGUAUCAAGAGCUGGGACAUCAAGGGGGAGAGGCAAGAAAGGAGCAAAUGGGCCAAGAAGGCUACCAAGAGAUGGGCCGGAAAGGGGGGCUGAGCACGAUGGACAAGUCCGGUGGCGAGCGGGCGGAGGAGGAAGGAAUCGAGAUCGAUGAGUCGAGGUUCACAACCAAGAACCGUUGACUGGCCAUUUCAACUUAGGGAUGAUCUUAAUGUAAUGUUUGCAUGCAUGCAUGUGGUCUGUUCUUGUCGUUUCGUCCUAUGUAAUUUAGUAAGGUCGCUUUGUAAUUUUAUUUCCUAUGUUUAUCUUUUCCUUUCCUUUUUUUUCCUUUUUUAUUUUACCUUGGCCACAUGUACGUCGGUAUUGUGGGUUUAGGGUUCAAGGUUCUGGACUUAAAAACUUAUGAUCGAAUUUUGUUAUAUUACGUAUCAUAAUGGAAAACAAGAACAAAUAGUCUCUUGAACCUUAAUUGAA